AAGCACUCGGCCGCCCACUCGGCCUCCAGUCAGCAGGAAGACGCCGCCUCCCACAACCCCCAUGAAAUGGCCGGCCAUGGACACGCUGCCACCGACAUAUACGGCCGUGCCCUGGCCGACUUUGACCCAAAGGCCGAGUCACGCCUGAGGCUCAAGAUCGAUCUGUACAUCAUCCCCACCGUCUCCAUUCUCUACCUCUUCUGCUUCAUCGACCGCGCAAACAUUGGCAAUGCUCGUCUGGCCGGCCUCGAAAAGGACCUGCACCUCAAGGGACACGACUACAAUUCCAUCCUGUCCAUCUUCUACAUCAGCUACAUCCUCUUCGAAAUCCCCUCCAACAUUUGCUGCAAAUGGAUGGGCCCCGGCUGGUUCAUUCCCAUCAUCUCUCUUUGCUUUGGCGCUGCCUCGAUAGGAACUGCCUUUGUGCACAACAAGGCCGCCGUCUCGGGCGUCCGCUUUGUGCUGGGCAUCUUUGAGGCGGGCAUGCUUCCUGGCAUCGCCUACUAUUUGUCGCGAUGGUACAGACGCUCAGAACUCACCUUUCGCCUCUCGCUGUACAUUGUCAUGGCGCCUCUAGCCGGCGCAUUUGGCGGCCUGCUCGCCUCGGCCAUUCUCACGCUCGAUUCCUUUGGCUCGCUCAAGCGCUGGCGCAUGAUAUUCGCCAUUGAGGGCAUCAUCACCUGCUGCCUUGCCCUCAUUUCCUUCUUCACGCUUACUGACCGCCCGGAAACGGCUCGCUGGCUGACGCCCGAGGAGAAGGAUCUGGCCAUUGCUCGCGUCAAGUCUGAACGUGUAGGCCAGAACGAGGUCCUGGACAAGCUGGACAAGAAGAAGACGAUGCGCGGAAUCUUCAACCCCGUGGUCCUGACGACGGCCUUCAUCUUCUUGCUGGACAACAUCACAGUGCAGGGCCUGGCUUUCUUCGCACCCACCAUUGUCAAGACCAUCUACCCAAAACACUCGGUCGUGUCGCAGCAGCUCCACACGGUGCCACCAUACGUUGUCGGCGCCUUCUUCACACUCCUUCUGCCCUAUUGCAGUUGGCGGUUCGACAGACGCCUCAUCUUCUUCAUCAUUGCAGCGCCCUUGAUCAUGAUCGGCUAUAUCAUGUUCUUGGCCAGCAAAGACAGCAGCGUCCGUUACGGUGCCACGUUUUUGAUCGCUUCAGGAGCCUUUUCAUUUGGUGCGCUGUGCAAUGCCCACGGUUCAGCCAAUGUAGUCUCAGACACGGCGCGAGCCUCUGCCAUCGGCACUAUAGUCAUGUUAGGCAACGUCGGUGGGCUCAUCUCAACAUGGAGUUUUCUUCCAAAUGAUGGCCCAAAUUACCCCAUUGGCAACGGGCUCAACCUAGCAACCAGCAGUGUAACUCUUGUCACGAGCAUUUUGCUUUUGUUUUGGAUAAAGUGGAGCAACAAGAAACGUGAAAAUGUCAAUGCGGACGCGGAACUGGCGGGCAAGUCUGCCCAGGAGAUUGAGGAUCUUGACUGGAAACACCCGUCUUUCCGGUGGAAGGUUUGAGGCUCGGAAUGUGGGAAAGCUAUGGUUUUUGCGUGUUGAGAUUAGAUGGUACUCGCCUUGCAAAUGCAGUGUUGCACAGUGCACAUGGCAGCUGUACCAUGUGACAUGUAGUCUGCUGGUUGAGUUUUGUCAAAAUGCCUCAAAUCAGCCAUGACGAUGCCUACUCCAG